AUGGAGGAUGGGCUUAGCACAGAGAUUAACGAUAACGGGAAGCGCUAUGAGUCUUACUCUUGUUCACGGUGCCGGAAGCUGAAAAAGAGGUGCUCCAAAGAGUCGCCGGUAUGCGUUAGUUGCGCGAAAGCCGGAGAGACCUGCACAUAUCCCGGAAGAGCACCGCGAAGAACCAAAAGAGAACUGGAAAUGGUACGGCGGAAAACCUCUACGUCUCUGCAGCCCGGAAACAAGCGUAGCCGCAGCUCAGAGUCUGCAAGCCGUUACGAAACCGCGGACGAGGAAUACGACAGUAACGACCCAGGCCGUACUUACGGGCUUGCUGAAAGUGACGCCGAAAGAGAGAGCGUAAACUCCUCAGAACCAGCAUCAAUCCUCAGCAUGCUAACCGGUAUCAACGACGCUAGUCCACCACCGCAGGUCCACGCCCAGGGCGUUUUGGAACACGAGCUGCACAAGCCGGACUCGAUCCCGAUCAAGGCCUCUUCGAUCCAGAUAGAGACCGUCACUGCAGUCUUUAAGGGCGGCAGGACCACGCCGAUGGUGGAACCUAAUGGCAGCUUCAAGCAUAUCGAGCGCCCACUCUACGACCGCUUCAUAGCGGCCUAUUUCAAACAUAAUCACAGAUCGUACCCUCUUCUCAACAAAAUCGAGUUUUUAAACAAGGUUUCCACCAUCAGAGAUUUCAAGGAAAUGGACGAGAAGUAUGACAGUACUUUCAUUUUCGAGCUUUAUAUGGUGAUGGCCAUUGGAUGCACCACCUUACAACGAGCAGGCAUUUUGAGCAAGAACGAAGAGCACUUGAGUGAACAUUUUGCCUACAUUGCGAUGAAGAAGUUUUGCACUGUGAUGCACCAGCAGAAUGUGAAUACAAUAACUUGCCUCCUUUUACUGGGAAUUUACUCUUUCUUCGAACCCCAAGGUGUGUCUUCAUGGACUAUCAGCGGGGUGAUAAUGAGACUAACUAUAGGAUUGGGGCUGCAUAGGGCGCUAACUGCACGAAAAAUGAAGAGUAUGACGGUAGUUGAAGUCGAAAUGCGGUACAGGGCUUUCUGGAGCUUCUAUAGCUUCGAGAGGCUAGUCUCGACCUCCUUGGGCAGAAUUUCAGCAAUAGACGAUGACGACAUCAGUGUUCCGCUGCCGCGCGCCCUGUACGCUGAGGAAGCCGAAGACAUCGAAGUUACAAUAAUGAUGAUCUCGCUUCGAAAGAUGGGUGGCACGAUAUACAAAAAGGUCCACAGCGUGGGGGCUGGCAAACAGAAGCUUUCCUCAGAUGAAAAGCAAUGUAUCAUAGAUGACUUAAGACACCAGCUGGAUACCCUCUACGAGCGGGAACGAGAAAAAAUUAGGGUUGCCAAUUCCGCUUCCUUUCCGAGUAAAGCCAGCUCGUGUAUAUCAUUCCACACUUCGGACAUUUGGUUAGCCAUGCGGUAUGCUCAACUGCAAAUCAUGCUGUACCGACCUUCUGCAUUAAUUCCAAAGCCUCCCAUGGAGUCGUUAUCGAUACUGGGCGACUUCUGUCUCCAGGCGCUGAAACACACUUACACAUUAUACAAGAAAAAGCUUCAGCCUCUAAACUGGAUCACUCUUUUUAGAACCCUUACUAUUUGCAACACCAUGCUUUAUUGUCUGUGUCAAUGGAGCAUUGACCUCAUCGAAAGCAAGAUUGAGAUUCAGCAGUGUGUGGAAAUAUUGCAGCAUUUUGGUGAAAAAUGGGUUUUCGCGGCUAAGUGUGCAGAUGUGUUUCAAACCAUCAGCACUGCUAUCCUUGACAUCAGUUUAAGCAACGGGCAAGUUCCGAACAUGGACAAGCUCACAAGGGAGCUCUUUGGAGCCAGUAACGAGUAUCAGGAUAUUUUGGAUGACAACAACGUCGAUAUAUCAUGGGUUGAUAGACUUGUAUAA